AUGAAGGUGGCAUGUAUGGACGCUAGUGUGGAGGGUGGAAAACAUGUUGUUUGGGAUUAUACCCAGGUGAUGCACGCCUCUGUGAAAACCUUCAUGGAGACAGACUUUUCCUCCUACCUUCAUCUUGGUGAGCUCGAUAUUGAAGGCCUCCGCCGAUUAUGCAUCGAUUCUGAAGUUGAAGAUAACCAACCUAAAGGUAGCUCCUCCAAAGGCGGUUCUUCCUCCAGUCCUGUCGCCUUUGUCUAA